UUUUUUAACAUAAAAAGGUGAAUUAGAGUGUUUUGUUAUUAAAACAUUAAAAUGCCAAGUUCAUACUUAUAUGCUAUAAAUAAUGAGGGGCGUGUAUUUGGAUUGUCAACAUCUGGGAAUAUGUGGAGAGAAUUCAUGUACUUAGGUCUUGAAUUCAAACAAUUAUCAGCAGUACCACAUUUUAUGUGGGCUAUAGGUGGUGAUCGUCAAGUCUAUGUACAUGUACAUGGUUUAGAUGUACCUAUAAGAAUCAAAGAAGAAAUAUAUGAAAAUGAACGUUGGCUCCCUUUAGAAGGAUUUAGUGGAAGAUUAUUACCUACAGACAGGUAUAACUUUUCUAAUCAAGAUGGGUCUGUUGAUCGCAGUAGAGAUAAAGUAAAAUUACCAUCUAUGGCUUGGCAGUGGGAAGGUGAUUGGCAAAUAGAAACUACACUAGAUGGUCAACCUCUAGAUCAUGAUGGAUGGACCUAUGCAGUUGAUUUUCCAGCUACAUAUACCACAAAGAAACAAUGGAAAUCCUGUGUCAGAAGAAGGAAGUGGGUUCGGUAUAGAAGAUAUAGUGCCAUGAAUUCAUGGUGUGCCAUUGCACCUCUUCAUAAAGAUGCAACUAAGGAACCAUUUAUUGACAUAUCUGUGGGUGGAAAUCAAAUACCUGGAGGUAAUCCUGGAAGCCUAGUAGUCUGGGCAGUAACUGCUCAUGGGAGGGUGAUGUUUCGUGUUGCAACUAGCACAACUUGUCCUGAAGGACAAAGAUGGAGUGCUAUAAAAUUACCAAGUGGAUAUGAGGUAUGUCAAAUUAAUGUUGGAGUGACUGGUCUUGUGUGGGCUAUAUUAAUGACUGGUAAGGCACUAAUACGCACAGGUGUUACUAGAGAAAAUCCAAUGGGAGAUGAUUGGGCAGAAAUUGAUCCUCCACAAAAAGAUUUAAAAUUAGUACAAGUUAGUGUAGGUACAGAUGCUGUAUGGGCUGUAACACAGGAUGGAGGCGUGUGGUUUAGAAAAGGUAUUAAAGGUGAAAUGAGUGGAGUUUGUGAACAAAUGGCUGCUGGCACUGGAUGGGUAGAAAUGUUAAGCAAAAUGUCACUGGUAUCCGUUGCUCCCAAUGAUCAAGUUUGGGCUAUCGGUCAUGAGGAUAGAUGUUUGUAUUAUCGCAAUGGUAUUACGCGAUCAGAAUUAACGGGUAAAAAGUGGAGAUUAAUAAAUGCGCCUCUUCAGCUUAGUCGAGCAAGCAGUAACGCUAGUUUAUCAUCAAGCAAUAGGCAUAGUAUGUGUGGUACUCCCCAGCAACAAAGACAUCAAAGUUGGGGAUCAUUGAAUCGACCACAUAGUACUAGUGAAGGUACCACAUUAAUCAGAGAAUGGGAAGAGCAGUCACGUUCUGCACCAACACCAACAUCCUUAAAAUUAUGGCAACGUGUUAAUGAUGGUACUUCUGCUAAAAAUCCACAACAAACAUCCUUUCAAGACAUAUAUCUAAAUGAAGGCAAAAAAAGAGCUGCGAAUUCGUUAGAUAUGGGCGAUCUAACCGAAGCUAGUGUUGCAAAUAUAACUAUAUCAAAUGAAUCACUCACAAAAACUGGAGAAUCUAUAGUAGUUUCUGGAAAAGGGAUGGGUAGUACUGUCAAGAUCAACCCAGCUGCAUGGAGUCCUGUCCAUUCAGUUGGCUCUAUGGUGGGUGUUGAAGCUCACCCAGAAACAGAUGGAAGUAUAUUUGAUCCUGACUUGACUAGUGAUUCUGGUGUCUAUGGGGAAGAUGAAAGCUCUGGUGCAAUGUAUUGGGCUGAAUGUGAUGCCUCCUGGUACAAAGUAGAAGCUGGAGCAUGUUUUGUCGACCCAUGUAAUCCUCCAAAAUGGAUUGCAGAUACUAAUAAUGCAAGUCAUGGGAAUAUAGCAGAGGUCUGGAGAAUGUAUAUUUUAGAAGAGUUGAAAAAAAGAUUAGAAACAGUGAAACAUGACCCAGAAAUAUACGAGAAAGUGGUUGAAAAAUCGUCAUGGGUUAAAAAUGGCGAUGCAAAAUGCAAAGUUAAAGGUAGUGCUUCAUAUGAAGAUUGUGUUAUUGAAUUAGAAUGGAUAAGCAGUGAUAGUGGUUCUUUAGAUUCUGGAAUAGUAACUAUUUUAAAUUCGGAUGGAGCAACAACAAUUAUGCAGUUUCCUGUAUCUGAGAUCAUGUGUGUGGUAUGCUGUAGCGAACCAGGUAAUCCGCGAAUAGCGAUUCAUACACCUCGAUUAUCUCGUUCUAAAGUUCAUAGAUUACAGUUUACUACUGACAGUGAAAUGGAAGACUGGUUAGGGCAUUUAACAUCAGUUUCUUGCCAAAUGAAUAAUGUUUAUGGCAGACCAGGACCCAAUUCAAUUUGGGCUACUACUGCGUUAGGAGACGUGUAUGUAUACGACCCUGCUGCUAUAGAAGAAACUCAAUUCGAUAAUGAUGGUUAUGUACAGAAAGGCAAUAAUUUGAGAUUAUACUUAAAAUAUUUUUUUUAUAUUACUAUAUUUUUUACGAUUAUUAGGUUACACUUCAAUCUUGUCUGCUAUACAACAAUGUCUCUGAAGCAGAAGACCGUAAUGGAAAGUCAUGAUGUUGCGUUACACUUUAAUCCGAGACUUAAGGAAAACAUAAUUGUACGAAACACAUAUACACAUGGACAAUGGGGUGAUGAAGAAAGAAACGGAGGUAGCCCGUUAAAAGCUGGCUCUGAUUUCACAUUAGAAAUUGUUUGUGAUUCACGAGGAUAUAGAAUCUUUAUUGAUGAUAAGGAAUUUACUUUUUAUAGCCACCGAAUAUUACCACAAAGUAUUACUCAUUUACGCAUCAAGGGACUGAUGACAUUGUGCAGCGUAUUUUACAAAUCUACAUCUGUUAUCAUUGAUCCAAUAACAUUGUUUUGGAGACAAAUGGGCGGUCAUUUGAAAAAAGUAGAAACGUGUUCCGUUGGUGUAACUUGGGGAAUAGGAUACGAUAGUACAGCAUGGGUAUAUACUGGUGGUUGGGGUGGCUUAUUUUUAAAAGGAUUAGAUAGCAAUACGGGAAUAAAUACUAUGGUAGACAUUCACAAUUAUUAUGUUUAUGAAAAUCAGCGUUGGAACCCAGUAACUGGAUACACUUCUCAUGGUCUUCCAACGGAUCGUUACAUGUGGAGUGAUGCAACCGGACGACAUAAACGUACUCGAGAACACACUAAAUUGUUGUCGAUGCACUGGCACUGGGUGUCAGAUUGGAUAGUGGAUUUUCAUACACCCGGUGGUGUUGACAGAGAUGGUUGGCAAUAUGCUACAGAUUUCCCUUCUCAGUACCAUGGCAAAAAACAGUUUACUGAUUACGUCAGAAGAAGAAGAUGGUUUCGAAGAUGCCAAUUAACAUCUAGUGGACCUUGGCAGGAGUUAGGAAACACAAAAUUGAUUGAUGUUUCUUUAUAUGCAAGUGGUAAACCUGGUACAGAUGCUCCUGUAUAUAUAUGGGCAGUAGCUUCUAAUGGCGAAGCUUUGUUUAGGAGAGGUGUUUCAGAGUCAUCCCCAAUGGGAGUUUCAUGGGAACAUAUACCCAGUGAUCAAGCUUUAGUAGGUAUUUCAUGUGGUCCAGCUGGACAAGUUUGGGCUGUUGGAAAGAAUGGUUCUUCUUACUGGAGGUUAGGUAUUACUGCUUCAAAGCCUACAGGAAUACAAUGGCACAAUGUUGAACCACCAUCAGGUGCCCACUUGAAACAAAUCUCUUUUGGAAAAGAUGUAGUGUGGGCUUUAGAUACAUUAGGUAGAUUAUUUGUACGCCGGGAAGUGCAGGUGAAUGUUUUUCCAGAAGGAACUCACUGGCAAACGCUUCCUGUGAUGCCAAACGAUCCUAUACACAUAGACAUGACUGUUCUAAACGCGAAGCAAGGCUUUCGACAUGUUGCUGUCGCAAGAGAACAAGGUCAAGUAUGGGCAGUUUCUGGAGCUGGUAUACUUUGCCGUAGAAUAGGUAUCACCGACGAGAAUCCAGCUGGAACUAGUUGGGCAACCGGUAUAGGGGCAAAUUGGCAGUAUAUAAGUGUGGGAGGACUUGUAAAUAAAACGAAAUAA